UUAUUUUUUAUUUCCUGUAGUGAAAUAACACUUUCCCAAUUCUGAAUCGUAGAUAGAACUUUUGGUUGAUCAGGUAAAUUCGUCUCUCUCUGUAGCUACAAUGGCGAACGUCUCCGUUGCGGCGGAGUGGCAGCUUCUCAGCAACCGUUUCUAUCGGAAACUGGAGAUAUACCAAAUGCGGUGGAAACAUGUGGACUUGAGCCGCAACAAGGUGGCCUGCGCCCCAUUCGGUGGCCCGAUCGCCAUCAUCCGCGACGACUCCAAGAUCGUCCAGCUCUACUCCGAAUCUGCGCUCCGUAAACUCCGCAUAUUCAACUCCGCUGGUGUCCUCAUCUCCGAAACCGUCUGGAAGCACCCUGGCGGCCGACUAAUCGGAAUUUCAUGGUCCGAUGAUCAAACACUAAUUUGCAUAGUCCAAGAUGGUACGAUUUAUCGUUAUAAUAUUAAUGGUGAGUGUCUCGAGCCCAAUUAUUCUAUGGGGAAAGAAUGCUUUGAGCAGAAUGUGGUGGACUGCGUGUUUUGGGGGAACGGUGUGGUGUGUUUGACGGAGGCCGGGAAGUUGUUUUGCGUGUCGGAUUUUAAGGAUAUAAAACCGUAUAGGCUGGCGGAUCCCGUAAUUGGGAUGGAGGAGGAGCUACCGCAUUGCAUGGCGGUGAUUGAACCGCAGUACACAGUGUCGGGGAACGUUGUGGUGCUGCUGGGAGUGGGAGAUGGGAUUGUGACUGUUGAUGACGAUGAUGCGAGGCAGGUGGAAAGCGAUGAUUUGCGGGGGCCAGUGCAGAAACUUGCAGUUUCACAUAAUGGGAGGAUUUUGGCUCGUUUUACACAUGAUGGGUAUCUUGUUAUGUCAAAUAUACAGUUUGAAACCAUCUUUGAGUAUCAAUGUGAGUCAGCCCUUCCUCCGGAGCAGAUGGCUUGGUGUGGAUUGGAUAGUGUGCUGCUUUACCUAGAUGAUAUGCUUUGGGUGGUGGGACCUUCUGAAUAUAGCAUAUCAUACAUUUAUGAUGAACCUUUGAUUCUUAUCCCUGAGUGUGAUGGGGUGAGGGUUUUAUCUAAUACAACUAUGGAGUUUCUACAACGGGUACCUGAUUCCACCGAAUCUAUCUUUAAGAUAGGCAGCACAUCACCUGCAUCAUUACUAGUUGAUGCAUUAGAUCAUUUUGACAGGCGAAGUGCUAAGGCAGAUGAAAAUUUGAGAUUGAUUCGUACGUACUUGCAAGAGGCUGUUGAAGCAUGUGUUGAUGCUGCAGGUCAUGAAUUUGAUGUUUCCCGUCAAAGGACACUACUAAGAGCUGCAAGCUAUGGCCAAGCCUUUUUUGGCUUUGGCAGCAAUUUCCAACGUGACUGUAUUCAAGAGAUGUGCAAAACUUUGCGGGUCUUAAAUGCUGUGCGUGAUCCUGUGAUUGGUAUCCCUCUAAGUAUUCAGCAGUAUAAGUCACUUACAGCACCUGUUCUGAUUGGUCGUUUGAUUAAUGCUAACCAACACCUUCUUGCACUACGACUAUCAGAGUACCUUGGGAUGAAUCAAGAGGUGGUGAUAAUGCAUUGGGCUUGUUCAAAGAUAACAGCUUCAUUAGCCAUUCCUGAUGCAGCUCUCCUUGAAAUCUUGCUUGAUAAGCUGAAAAUAUGCAAGGGCAUAUCUUAUGCAGCAGUUGCUGCCCAUGCUGAUAAGAGUGGCUGGCGGAAGCUGGCUGCUAUGCUUGUUGAAUAUGAAUCGCGCUCCUCCAAACAGAUUCCUCUCUUGUUAAGCAUUGGAGAAGAAGAUACAGCCUUGACAAAGGCAACUGAAAGUGGUGAUGCUGACCUUGUUUACCUUGUCCUAUUUCACAUAUGGCUAAAGAGGCCUGCCUUGGAGUUCUUUGGAACAAUACAAGCCAGACCCAUUGCACGCGAUUUGUUUGUAACCUAUGCACGGAGUUACAAACAUGAAUUCUUGAAGGACUUCUUCCUAUCAACUGGGCAGCUUCAAGACGUAGCUUUUCUUUUGUGGAAAGAAUCAUGGGAACUUGGAAAAAAUCCAAUGGCAAGUAAAGGAUCUCCUCUUCAUGGUCCGCGCAUAAAGCUUAUUGAGAAGGCCCAAAGCCUUUUCUCAGAGACUAAGGAACAUAUAUUUGAGUCAAAAGCUGCUGAGGAGCACGCAAAAUUGUUAAGAAUUCAACACGAGUUAGAAGUCUCUACAAAGCAGGCUAUUUUUGUUGAUUCAAGUAUCAGUGACACUAUUAGGACAUGCAUUGUAUUAGGAAAUCAUCGAGCUGCAAUGAAAGUGAAAACAGAGUUUAAGGUUUCUGAGAAGCGAUGGUAUUGGCUUAAAGUUUUCGCUUUGGCAACAAUUAGAGAUUGGGAUGCCCUGGAAAAGUUUUCUAAGGAGAAGAGGCCACCAAUUGGUUAUAGACCAUUUGUGGAGGCAUGCAUUGAUGCUGAUGAAAAAAGUGAAGCUCUGAAAUAUAUUCCAAAACUUGCAGAUCCUAGAGAAAGAGCUGAGGCUUUUGCACGGAUUGGCAUGGCUAAGGAAGCAGCGGAUGCUGCUUCUCAAGCAAAAGACGGGGAACUGCUUGGGCGAUUGAAAUUGAGUUUUGCACAGAACACGGCAGCAUCAUCAAUUUUUGAUACUCUCCGAGAUCGGUUGUCCUUCCAAGGCGUUUCAUAGUCUAAUAUGCAUCUUUUCUUCAUAUUGGUACUUUCUUUUAUGUGUGCAUAAUAUAUGAUGAGCUUAUUAUUAGGUUAAUUUCCAAGAUGAGCUUCCCUGCGGGUGCUUGGUUUGUGCAGUCA